CUGCCGCCGCUGCCGCCGCCGCCGUGUUCGCCGGGCCCGGCGCCGCCACCCCCGGGGACAUGGGGGGUCGCUGACUGAGGCUCCGCCGCGGCGGCGGGGGGGAGGGGAAGGGGGCCGUGGAGCCGGGCCAGCCCUGCACCCACCCGCAGCCUCCGGGCCCGGGACGGAGCCGCUCCCCCCUCCCGCCCCCCCAGCCUCCUCCCCCGCCUGUCCAGGGGCGGCACUGCGGGCUGGGAAGCCGGGACCAGAGCAGGGAAGGAAGGAAGGAAGAAAGGAAGGAAGGAAGGAAGGAGGAAGGAGGAGAGGAAGGAGGGAAGGAAGAGAAGAGACAAGAGCCGAAGGGCGAAGAGCGGAGCCGAGGAGGAAGGAAGGGGCAGAGGCGGAGGCGGAGGCGCAGGCGGGCGGAGAGGAAGGCGCUCCUGCGGCAGCACCCGAAGGCCGGAGUGGGGACCCGCGCUGCCUCCCGCCGCUCCUCGGAUGGUGACGGGGCCUCGCCGCGGCCGCAGCCCCCCCGCGCCCCGGCUCCGCAGGCCCGCAGCGCCGGAGCCCCGCAGGAACCAUGCCCAGGUCCUUCCUGGUCAAGAAGGUCAAACUUGACACCUUCUCCUCGGCGGACCUCGAGAGCUCCUACGGGCGCGCCCGCGGCGACCUCGGCGUGCGACUGCACGAGAAAGGAUACCUCAACGACUACGCGGGUCCUGCCUCCGUCUACGAUGGCGACACCGAGGCGGCCUUGCUUAAGGGGCCGUCCCCGGAGCCCAUGUACGCUGCGGCGGUCCGGGGGGAGCUGGGCCCGGCGGCCGUGGGCUCGGCGCCGCCGCCCACCCCGCGCCCGGAGCUGGCCACGGCGGCGGGCGGCUACAUCAACGGGGACGCGGCCGUCAGCGAGGGAUACGCGGCCGACGCCUUCUUCAUCACCGACGGGCGCUCGCGCCGCAAGGCCGCCAAUGCCAACGCCGCCGCCGCCCCCUCCACGGCCUCGGCCCCCGACGGCGACGGCGGAGGCGGGGCUGUGGCAGGUGCGCGCGCCGUGGGGUCCGGCGGCCGGGCGAGCACACGCGCAGGGGCGGGCGCCGAGGCCCGCGCGGGGCCCGGGGCCGGCGGCGCAGGGGGCCGGCACGCCUGCGGCGAGUGCGGGAAAACGUACGCCACGUCGUCGAACCUGAGCCGCCACAAGCAGACGCACCGCAGCCUGGACAGUCAGCUGGCGCGGCGCUGCCCGACGUGCGGCAAGGUGUACGUGUCCAUGCCGGCCAUGGCCAUGCACCUGCUCACGCACGACCUGCGCCACAAGUGCGGCGUGUGCGGCAAGGCCUUCUCCAGGCCCUGGCUGCUGCAGGGCCACAUGCGCUCCCACACCGGCGAGAAGCCCUUCGGCUGCGCGCACUGCGGCAAGGCCUUCGCCGACCGCUCCAACCUGCGCGCGCACAUGCAGACGCACUCGGCCUUCAAGCACUUCCAGUGCAAGCGCUGCAAGAAGAGCUUCGCGCUCAAGUCCUAUCUCAACAAGCACUACGAGUCCGCCUGCUUCAAGGGCGGCGCCGGCGGCGGUGGCGGUGCCGGCGGCGGCCCCGCGGCCCCCGCGCCGGCCGCGCCGCAGCUCAGCCCCGUGCAGGCCUAGGGCGGCGGCGCCUCGGUCAGCUGGGUCGGCUCGCAGCAAUACGGGCCCCCAGGGAAGUUUCCGCCGGCGCUCGGGUGGAGGGGCGGGAGGGUGGGCCCCUCCUCACAGCAAUAGGGGGAGGGGGCCCCGCCCCGCCCGACAGGGGCCUCGCCGGCCCCUUCAAGCAAUAGGGUCCCGAGGGGAGACCCACCCCGAGCUCCCUCCCUUCCCCUUCAGGGUGCCCCAGGCUUUUUCCCAGCAAUAGGGUCGAGGAGACCCGGAACCGAACCUCAUCUCCGAGUUAGGUUUCCGAAGACGGGGGUGGGGAGAGGUAGGGAGCGCCCCCUCCUCCCUCCUCUGCGCCCCUGGAUCUUGUCGCAGAGACUCAGGGCUUCCCCACCCCUUCCCACGCCUUCCAGGGCCAGGCCUGCGGCCCAGACGUCCCGGGAGCCGGCCCCUCCCCCGCCACAGGCCCGGAAGGAGCAGGAGCGCGGCCUGCCGAGGAGGUAUCGCCACUGCUCAGCCCUCGCUGACCCCCGGAGUGUUAGGCGCGUCGAGGACCGGGGAGGCAGGAGGACAGCGGCGCCCUUCCCCUCGGGUUCCCUCGGGGGCCUCAGUCCGGGCCGCUCUCUCGCCCUCGCCUCGCCUCCUCUGCCAAAUCGAAUUCUUCCAGCCCAGCUUCCCGGGCUCUGUCCUCCAUAACGAAUAUAAUGACGCAUAUCGAAUCGCAUGGACUUAUCCGACCUCCUCCGAUCCCCCGCUCCCGCCCAGCCCCGGGGCUCCCUCCCUCGUGCCCGGGCGCCCCGCGUUGGAGGACGGAUUCCUGGGGCCCGGCAGGCAGGCCUGGGCACGGCCCUCCACACACACCUCUCGGUAUUCGCUUCGCGGGUAGAGCCCCCUGGGGGGGUUGCGGACGCGUCGGGUUUCUUCCUUUCUGUAUUUGUACGUUUUAUUUGUGAACAGAUUGCACUCGGGUCAGGGAAGGGGCGUGACGCCCCUUCCUUCCCACCGACGCCCGGGGCUUGGGAUGUCCAGGAUCACUUCCCCCGCCCCCGCACCCCGCCCCCGCCUGGGCCCCACCUCCUGGGAGCCUCAGGCCCCGCCUCUCGGAGGCCGGCCCCUCCCCCGAGCCCCAGGCCCCUCCCCCACUCUGUUGCCAACUUUCGCCCGUCUAUGCCAAAGCCUCGGCGGCGACUCCGCCCCAAGGGCCCGCCCCAUUGGCCGCCGCCUUUGUGACGUCACUGCAUGCAGCCCCAACCCUCCUCCCCUCCCCCCCCGGGGCUGCCCGUUCCCUCCCCCUCUUAGUUAGUCCGAUGCUGACUAUAGAGCAAUAAUGCGCACUGCAUGCGAAGCUGCCGCCGCCUCUAGAGUUACUGAGAAUCAGGUAUCCCCCUGCCCCGCCCACGCCCCACAGGCCCCUAGAUCAGGGACGCUGCGCGGGGCCGGACGCGCAGACUUUCUUCCCCUCCUACUCCCCCCCGCCCGCCCCCCUCCCACGGCAGAGCCCGGCGGUGUAACGGUUCCAGGGGCGGGGGGGAGGGGAUGGUUGCCCCCUAAACCCCUCCUUCAGUUGUCCAUCACCCAUUGACCGUUCAUUGGGCACCUACUAUGUGCCAGGCCCACUACUGAGUCUGCCGGGGCCGCGGCGAGCUGCGGGGGGCGUGCAUAUUCUGACAGGGGCUCCACGCUCUUGGGUGCACCAGGGACAGUGGCAGAUGCAGACAGGGGCCGAAUCCCCAGACCCGAACCCGCGCCCCACCCUCUCCACCCACGCCGGGACAGUGCUGGGCGCAGUCGGUCUCUGCCUUCGACUUGGGCCUGGCGUUCUCAGCCCGGUGGCAAACACCUAGAACCCCAGGGCCCAGGGCUGCCAAGGCCGCCCACACCCACCCAGCACUUCCACGCUCUGGCUCCCAGCGCCGCCCUGCUGGGCCAGGGCCCCAGGACAAAUGGAAAGGUGCACGCUGGAGCUUACGACUUGGUCAGCCCCCUCCCCGUGGGCACCAAGCCCCGCUGCUGCCCAGCUGCAUCCGCACGGGGGGGGGGGGAACCCGAGGGCCCAGCAGAGCAGGGCCCACAUCCCAGACCCCCUACAUCCCAGCUCCGUACCCACACAGCCCCCAGGCCGGGACCUGCCCUCCUGUGUCAGGCACACCCGCAUGCACACACACACACACACACACACAGGCACCCUCCCUCUCCCCUCCCCUCCCACGCCUGUCUACCUACCUAAGGAGAAGGCCGGAGGGCCGUGGGCCGGCCAGGGCCUCCUGCUUCUCCCCAUACCGCGCCGCCGUGGAAAGCCAUGGGCCCCCUCCUGCCCCCAUAACUAAGCAGCACAAUAACCGACUUAGCGAAUUCAGGUAGAAGGAACGUUUAGGUAGCACCUAUUUUGUACUGAUUCUACAAGUAGGGCCCGAGAUGCGGGGGCCCUCGGGUGGGGGCUGCGGCCGCCGGCCCGCCCUGCCCCCACCUCCGCCUGCGCCCCGCCGCCUUGUACAUACUCCCACCCGGGACAGGCCGGGAUUUUUACUCGGGCCGCGCCCCUCUUCCGCCCCCGUUUGGGGCCGGGCCGGCCGGACAGACGGACGGACGGACAGACCUCCUUCCUAAGCACAAUAGCACCAGCUCCCCGGAGCACCGCACCUCCACGAGGAGAAUAAACGCCACUCUUGAUAGAA